UACUCUAAUUUCUCAUACCUGUUGAAAGGUAUAAAGAGUUCUGUCUUCGGUAGAACAUCUUUCAUUCUCUAAUAUCCAUCAAACACCGAGAUCAUUUCUAUCACUUUUCGAUAGCCUCUCAAUAGUGAAGAUUUCUACCCUUUUCUCCUUUCCACCUGCGCUUUAGCCAGUCAAGUAACCUACAACAUGACCCACAGCGGCGUUGAUGUCCCCGUCGUCAUGAAGGAAUUGCAUUGGAUGGACAGAAAAAAGCAUCUCAAUAAUUCCGCUCCGCAAUCGAAACGGUCAGGUCCGAUUAGUACAACCACGAACUGGGCAGGCGCAAUCCAGAAUUCGCCCGUCGCAGGAUUUCCUUACCAUCAUUGCUGACUGGAGAGUGCCUGGAAUUUACCCUCCUCCAGGUACAAGUGCACUAACCGGAGGCGAGACCUACUACUUGGUUGAGUGGGUUGGCAUUGGUAGUGACUGCGGAACAAUUAUCCAGGCAGGAACCGGCCAAGCAUUGACUGAGAAUGGCCUGGGGCAAAUUGCCUGGUGGGAAUGGUUUCCAGACAACGCCAUUACGACCAUCAACAUGCCAGGUGGGUGCAUAUAGAAUUCGCACUGCCUUCUCGCUAGGAGUUAAAUGCUCCCGAUAGCCGCGCGACCGGAGAUUAGCACACUUAGGCAAGACGGGUGAGUAGAGGUGAGACGAGGGACUUGGCACAAGAAGGCUGGUGAGGCCUGGC